AUGUCUGGACGAGGUAAAUAUCGUAAUAAUCGGCAAAGACAUAAUAACCACACAACGUUGUCGAAAGUUGCGAGGGAAGUAGCUAUUUCUUUGCCGGCAGAUAGCCCCGUAUUGGCUAUGUUUAAAGAAGCGGCAAGCAAACUAAAUCAACGUCAAGAUAGACAUGAAAGAUUAGUUAAACUUUCCCGAGAUAUAACUAUUGAAAGCAAGAGGAUAAUAUUUUUGCUACAUUCUGCAAUCACCGAAGAUUCAUCAGAAAAAAUAGUAAAAGAGGCUAAUGAGCGUCUUCAAAAGCUGACCAAGGGACCAAUCAAGAGCAUAGGCCUAGAACUUGAGAACAGUCCAGCAUAUUUACACUCUCGAGCAGUUACAGCUGGGUUUCAGGAGUAUAUUGAAGCUAGAACAUUUUGUUCAUUAAUGGAGAAUAAAUCAAUAAUAACUUAUUCUGAAGUACAAAAAGAGUUUCAGUUUGUAGUCAAAGAUGGUGAUGUAGCAGAAGAACGGACAGUGACAACUCUGCUACCACAAACUGACUAUAUGCUGGGGAUAGCUGAUUUAACCGGAGAACUGAUGAGAAAAGCUAUCAACUCUAUAUCAAGUGGUGACAGCGAAGAAUGUUUUCAUGCCUGUCAAGUUGUGAGAGAUCUGUUUACUGGUUAUUUAGGACUCUUUGGCAUGGGCAAGGAAUUAGCUCGGAAGAUGUCCACAACACGCAAUAAUGUAGCCAAGGUGGAAGCCGCUGUUUAUGCAUUAAGAGUUAGAGGAGGUGAAGCCCCACCUAACACCUUGUUGUUGUUGCCAGCUAAACCUGAGUGGGAUGCUAUGGAGCAUUCAGAUGAUGAAGGAUAUUAC